GAGAAACCAGCAGGCGGCUCCGGGCUCGCGCUCGCUUCCCCGGUUGUCAAGGCAGUCUGACUUCUCCUCGUUGCGGCUGGACGGUGACAGCUCAGCUCGGCCCUCUCAUUUCUCGGAUUGUGCUCAAAUUUUUGCCUCUUUGGAAUUCUAUAUUUUGGCAGAAGUGACGGACUAUCCUCAGCUUGCUAACACAGUACUAAACCCUGCCUGCUCUGACACUGUGACUCCAGACAGACACACUGGCUGACAGAAGCUGAAAGAGAAGGCAGAUAAACAGAUUGGAGGACAGAGGGAGAAGUACAACCUCUCAUAGAGUGGUGGCCAGAGUGACAGAGGAGCACAUGAGGAGCGGAAACGGCGUGACAGCAACAUCCUGACCGGUAACCCUUCUUCUGCACCCCACCACGCACCCAGAAACUCCAGAAGCGGGGCGUCACAAGGAAGGAAACGUGCGACCACUCCUCCUGCAGGCAUGAGGUCCUUCCGUUCCUUUAGUAACGAUGACCGCCACGUCAUGGCGAAACACUCCACCAUCUACCCCUCCUCUCAAGAGCUGGAAGCCGUUCAGAAGUUGGUGUCCACUGUCGAGUGCGCCCUCAAACACGUCUCUGAUUGGCUGGAUCAGAGCAGCAGCGACGUCCACAGCCAAGUCGACAGCCAACCAGCAGACAGCACAGAGGAGGACGAUCCUGGUGAUGAGCCCAGCAGUGAAACUGAGGAUUCCAGUGACAGCUACAGAGAGCCAAGCAGUGGUAGCGUGCUGUGUGGAGUGAUGCGGAUCGGCCACGUGUCCAAAGGCCUCCUGAUCAAAGGCGACAUGGACCUGGAGCUGGUGCUGAUGUGCAGAGACAAACCCACACAGACACUGCUGGACACUGUCUGUCACAAUUUACCCACACAGAUAGAGAAGCUGACAGAAGAGAAAUAUGAGGUCAUAAGCUCCUUGCCCGAGGCAGCCAUCUUGGUACGAACUACAACAGAGCCCAAACUCACACUGACGAUUACCCUAACCUCACCGGCCAUGAGGGAAGAUGAGGAGGAAGAGGAGGAGGAAGAGGAGGACAUGAAGGAAGAGGGGGAGGUGCUGGAUAGACACAGAUGUCUGUUGGCCCUGGCAGCGCUGCGACACGCCAAGUGGUUCCAGGCUCGAGUGAACGGGCUCAAGUCCUGCGUUAUCGUUCUCAGGAUACUUAGAGACAUGUGCAAUAGACACCCUAUCUGGGAACCUCUCAAGGGAUGGCCCUUAGAGCUUAUCUGCGAGAAGGCAAUUGCCACCUGUAACAGACCUCUUGGGGCGGGAGAAGCUCUGCGUCGGGUCAUGGAGUGUCUGGCCUCAGGCAUACUACUACCAGGUGGUCCAGGUUUACACGACCCAUGUGAGAAAGAGCCAACAAACACACUAGCCAACAUGACCAACCAGCAGGCUGAGGCCAUUACCUACCGUGCACAGCAUGCUCUCAGACUCAUGGCAUUUGGAAAAAUUUACAAGGUGUUGGAGAUGGAGCCUCUUCCCUCAAAUAAACCAUUGCAGAAAUACCCUUGGUCUGAUAAAGAAGGCUUAGGUCUGAAGAGGCCAUAUGAGGAUGGAGCGAUGGAUGACAAGGACGUCAUCAAGAAGAUGAAGAGGAAUCUGAGAAAAGUCCUAGACAGUAAAGCCAUAGACUCCAACCAGCCAAUGAACGCCCUGAUGCGGUUGAACCAGAUCCGGCCGGGGCUGCAGUAUCGCCUGCUGUCCCAGUCGGGCCCGGUUCACGCUCCGGUCUUCACCAUGUCUGUGGAUCUGGAUGGAACUAUUUACGAAGCAUCUGGAUCCUCCAAGAAGACCGCCAAGCUCCACGUCGCCGUCAAGGUUCUCCAGGCAAUGGGCUACCCAACAGGUUUUGACUCAGACCUGGACCCCAUGAGUUCAGAUGAGAAGUCGGAUGGUGAGGGGAAGAGCGAGACGUCGUCACACACUAGCAAUAACCCACCACACUCCACGGACAGUUCCAACACACUGGAGGUGCGAACUCAGGGUCCCAUACUGACUGCGAGUGGGAAGAACCCCGUCAUGGAGCUAAACGAAAAGAGACGAGGCCUCAAAUACGAACUCAUCUCUGAAAGCGGAGGCAGCCACGACAAACGCUUUGUUAUGGAGGUGGAGGUCGAUGGGCAGAAGUUUCGUGGGGCAGGCCCCAACAAAAAAGUAGCAAAGGCCAGUGCUGCUCUGGAAGCUCUGGAAAAGCUCUUCUCUGGUCCCAACGCCGCUGCAAACAAGAAAAAGAAGAUAUUGCCCCAGACUAAAGGAGCCCUGGCCGCGGCAGCAGCAGCCUCAGCAGUAGCAGCUCAGGUAGCCAGAGGAAGAGGAAGAGCAGCCCUCGCGAGAGGAGCCUUUGUCAGUGCAGCCGCACCUGGAUAUGUCACGCCAGGCUUUGGGACACCGUAUGGCUACAGCCCUGCUGCAGCAGCUGCUCCUGCAUACGGUUUGCCCAAGAGAAUGCUUCUGUUGCCUGUCAUGAAAGUGCCCGCCUACCCCAUCCCCCACUACCACUUCUUUUAGCACAGGAGACACACACACCAAACUCUUUUUCGUACAUACCAAACGCUUUUUUCAAACCGUGACAAAUUCACUUUUUUUAGAAGGGAAACUUUUUUCUUAUAAUAUAAAUGAUGGGGAGAGGAUUAAGGACUUGAGAUGAAGAUUUGUAAAAGCGAUUUUGUUUUUGCUUUUUGUUUUCUUACUGUUUCCAGAAACUUUUAUGAAUAUGAAACAUAUACUGCAGGUUUAAGUUCUUAAGAGAUAAACAAAAACUUGAAGGAUUUGUACUGUGAAUUGUGACCUCAUUCUUUGAGUCUAAAUUAUAUAUAUAUAUAUAUCAGCCUUUUGUUAUUGUGUUUAUGCUUUGCCAGGAAAGGGAUAGCCUUUGCCAUAUGAAUCACACAACACACACAUUCUCUGUAAAAAGAAAAUAAUAAUGAGCUGUGU